GACUUCCUGUGUCAAUCUGUAGUCGCGAAACAGCAGCAGUCGAUGUGAUGGUGAUGUUUCGUUUUAAAGUAAACGCUGCGGGGGGACUCUUAGAAUAAAAGCUUUUCCACCCCGUUAGAUACAGCCCCGAACCGGAGCCGGAGCGUUUCGGGGAGCCCAGCGACGGCAGCCCUGGAUGGGGCUGGCCCCGACCUCGCCCCGCCCCGUGUCUCGAACCCGAGGCAGUCUGGUUGGAGGCCCGCGAGGAUGGCGCAGGGAGUGGAGCCGGAGACCAGGGCGUACCGGCACCUGAGGAGAGCCGCCGGAGUCCUGGCCCACCUCCUGGGCGCGGCGUUCACGGUCUUCAUCGCGGUGCUGGCCCGGCCCGGGACCAGCUUGUUUUCUUGGCACCCCUUCCUGAUGACCCUCUCCUUCUCCUUCCUCAUGACGGAGGCCCUGCUCCUCUUCUCUCCGGACUGCUCCCCUCUGCAGCGGUUUUCCUACAAGGUCAAAGGUCGCUACCACUGGAUACUGCAGAGCCUGGCUGCCACCGGUGCCGUUCUGGGGCUGGCGGCUGUCUUCUACAACAAGUAUCUCAACAACAAGCUGCACUUCACCACCUGGCACGGCCUGAUCGGCGUGUCCGCCGUCCUGUGCGCUGCGGCGCAGUCCCUGGGUGGGGUCUCCUUGCUGUACCCCAAGCUGGUCAAGGCCUGGUCGCUGGCCAAGCUGAAGCGCUACCACGCGACCUCGGGGCUGGUGGUCUACCUGCUGGGCUGCACCAGCCUCCUGCUUGGCAUGUGCUCUCUGUGGUUCACGACGGCUGUGCACAGCCUGGGCUGGUACCUGGCCUCCCUCUGCCCAGCCCUCUGCGCACUGGUCAUCAUGAACCAGGUCACCAGCUCCUACGUGGCGAAGAAACGGUUCCAACCGUAACACGCCCUCCAUCCUGUCUGUCUGAGAAACCCUUCCAGGCAGAAUUCCGCAUGUUGUUUCAUCUGGUAGUUCAGGUGGGGAGCUGCGUCAGCACGCGCAGGCUGCAAAGGAAGAAGUGAUGGGUUUAUUCCAGGCUGAGAA